AUGGUGCUAUGGCUUGUAAUUGCAGUUGGUCUAGUUCGAGCUUACCUGGCUAAAGGUAGCUACCAUAGUCUUUACUAUUCAAUAGAAAAGCCCCUGAAAUUCUUCCAGACUGGAGCUUUGCUUGAGAUUCUACACUGUGCAUUUGGCAUUGUUCCGUCUUCUGUUGUCUUGACUGCUUUCCAAGUGAUGUCAAGGGUUUUCCUGACCUGGGCAGUAACACAUAGUGUAAAAGAGGUACAAACUGAAGAUAGUGUCCUGUUGUUUGUUGUGGCCUGGACAAUCACUGAGAUCAUCCGCUAUUCUUUCUAUACAUUUAGCUUAUUAAACCAUCUCCCUUAUCUCAUCAAGUGGGCCAGGUACACUUUGUUUAUAGUAUUGUAUCCAAUGGGAGUCUCAGGCGAAUUACUGACAAUAUAUGCUGCAUUACCCUUCGUCAGACAGUCUGGCUUGUAUUCCAUUAGUUUACCUAACAAGUACAAUUUUUCUUUUGACUACUAUACCUUCCUGAUCCUGAUUAUGAUCUCUUACAUUCCAAUCUUUCCUCAGCUGUAUUUUCACAUGCUACAUCAGAGGAGAAAGGUACUUUCGCACACUGAAGAACACAAGAAGUCGGAGUAAUUCCAGCUCUUUUUGAGAACUUUUCAAACAUCAAAAUGCUGCAGAUUUUCAAUACUCAGCACGUUUAUAGAGCAUAUACCAAGAUAAGCUAAGUCAGAGGUAAAAGACCAAUAAUUGAGCAAGAAUAACCAAUAAACCUGAUUUCACUGAAAUUCCAUGGUGUAAAACAUUGAAAUAGUUUUCAGCUUGCAGUGCUUCAGAAAACUUCUACAAUUUAAAUGGCUUUGGCAGUUAGCCUUUUCCUUAAAUGAUAUGCUGAAUGGUUUUCAGUUAUUACUAAAUGCCUGAGGGUUACAGUAUGAGUGAUAAAGUUGUACCCACUAAAUGCUUGAAUUGGGAUUAUAUUACUGAUACAUAUAUAUAAUAUAUAUAUAUAUGCAUAUAUAUAUAUAUAUAUAUAAAAAUUUUUUAAGUGCUUGACUGCAUGCCAGAAACCGUACGUAUUGCUGUGGAAGCAAACAAUAUGCUCUGGAACGCUGUACGACUUUUGUCAGAGACUCCAGUGGAGAAUGUAACCCAGGCAGACUGUUUGAAUUUAGAAAGGUAGGUUGUGAAUUUAAAAGGCAAUGGGAACAGGAAGGCAAUUAUGGAAAAUAAGAAGUUCUUCAGGAAUUUAAACACUAGGGUAUCUGACCAGAGAAUGUUUUCUGAAGAUCUGGUUUAAGCUGAUUACUCCAACGCUAACGUUCAUCCAGAGGCUAAAAUGCUGAUGUGUUGAAACACUAAAACUCCUCUUAAGUACUGCAGCCUUGGAUAUUUUUUAAAACAUGAAAGAACACUUAUAGUAGUAUUUCUCAUGAAAUCGAUGAUGAAUCUGAACAAUAUAAGGAGGCAAGUCAGCCAGAAACAGGUGUUCUCCCUUUUUGACUUUACAUUAUCAUCUCCAGUAAUUAUUGACUAGCUCAGUGGGUACUCAUCUUUCUGUGUUGAGGACUAUUUGAUCUACUGUAGAGUCCUUUGAGGGCCUUGUACUUCAACCUGUCUCUUCUCAAGUGACUAAUAUGUAUCACUCUGGCACAUCCAAACAGGCAGUUCCAGACACACUGCUUCUGAAAUAGUGCAAAAAAACUAAGUCCUAAGUUCCUUCUUUGAAAGCAGGUAUCUCGUGUUUUAUACGCUGCUUUUGCAGGUUGGACAAGCCUUCACUCAUCUGCUCUCUUGAAAGAGCAGAGAGCACAGAGAGGCAAACUUAACUAGGAGCUUCCUCUGGGUUCUUGGGCCAAACCUUCCCUGAGGAAGGUAAAGCAGAUGAUGAAAGGACUGAGAAAACCAUGUGGCAGGCCAGAACGUUCUAAUGCUGUGUGAGCAGUGGCCUGAUUGCAAGCCAACUGUGUGCUGAAGGAGGAUGGAGCAACAAAGGGAGCAGGGAAAUGAGCAGACAUGCAAGCAGAGGCAAAAGGAAAUGUAGAGUAUGGUCUUUGCUCUGUCAGGUACUGGUAGUCAAAUACUCCUGUCUUUACCCAUCAGAGCCACUUGACACCAAGACCAGGGCUUCUCUGGCUCCCCUCUUGUAACAUCAUGAUUCAGUAUGCAAAUGAGGUGUGGCUACUACCAUGGUAUCUGUGAUACUGGUCUUGUGCCGUGCUUUCCAGUACCGCCCCGGCCUUGGCCCACAUCUGUGUCCCAGCAUGCUUUUGCAUGACACGUUGCAGCGCUCUCCACGUAGGGCAGUGAGUACUAAGUGCAUGGCCUGUCCGUUCCAGCAGUUAAGGCGAGCUGGAUUUACAAUUACUUUUGUUUUAUAUUUGUCAGAGCUCUAUUUAAAAAAAAAAAAAAAAACUUUGCAUUUUUUUGGUAAUUUCCUUUGUUGGCUCCAUCAAAAAGUUUGACUGAAUCUUCCUAGCACUCAGUAGUAUGCCUAACACCUUUCCUGUUCAACACAAAUGGGACUAUUGUAAGUAGGGAGGGAGAAAGAGUCGAUAAUGAUUUUUACUUCUAUUUUAAACAACCUUCUGUAGACAGCAUUUCUGAUUACAGCCAACAACUAUAGCGACGUGCAACCUAAAAGUGGUUUUGCAUUGAGACACAACAGUUCAUUUCUCUAUUGGGCUCUGUACUGCUGUGUUCCGGUGAUCUGAGAAAUGUUGCAUUAUAUGGAAUUCACUGUUCAAAGAUGUAUACGUCACCUUUGAACAACACAUCUCCUUUUGCUUGUACUUGCACUCAGUUGUCAGUGUUUCUGAAGGAUAUCAUUUAAAAGAUCUGAUUUUCUGAUGUGCUCAGGUUACUGCAUGUUGUGGGUACUCUGCUCCCAAAAUUUUUCUUGAUUUGAUUUCUGUGCCUGAAUAUAAGAUUUGGAUUCAAGUUUGUUCCAGGUUGGAGGGGGAAAAAAUGGCUGUAUAGUAUUCCUAUAUGAAACAAACUUGUAGAUACAUUGAUGGGAAAGAUGUAGUACAAAUCUGUAUUAGGUGGCAUUGGGCCUAAGAAGCAGAGAGCCGCCAAUAGGGAGAAGGCUUGUACAGCCAGCCUCUUUACUGAGUUAAGCUUUAUUUUGGAAUAGUUACUUCAAUUGAAAAUAUUAAUUUACUGCACAAAUGCAAAUAAACUACAGCCUUUUAAAAGAAUAUGGUGCUUAUUUCCCUCUGAAAGAAAGAGAGGAAAAUAAAUUGUUUUGAUAGUAAGAAAUCUCAUCAAACAUAAAACUGUUUUCUUUUUUUUAAAUCUAUAUUCUGAAAUAUGAAGCAUGCAAUUAAUAGAUAAAAGGAUUCUAGCAUUUAUGACUGCAGUGCUUUUUCAAGUUAAGCUUCCAUACAAAUCACUGGAAGGUGAUCUUGAUUAAGAACUUAGUAUGAUGCCCUAAUACUGUUUGGGUUUUUCCCUAAUACUGACUCGGUCACAC